GUGAGUUAGUGGAUGGCUGAAAGUUAGCUUGACCAUUGAGUUGCUGAAAUGUUUUGCUGCUUGAGAGCCGUGAGAAGGUUAUGUCUGGAGAAGAUACUGUUACAAUGUAUUCUUCAGUCAAGAACUUUGUCAGGAGCUGAUGCCAUCAAUGCUCUCAGACCUUUCUAUUUUGCUGUGCAUCCAGAUUUCUUUGGCCAGCAUCCCAAAGAGAGGGAAGUAAAUGAAAACUCUCUGAAGAGGUUAAAUGGCUACUUGGAGAAUCUACAGAAACCAGGAUUUCGCUCCUUUAAGCCAACUCAGCUUACUUUUUAUGUAAGAGAAAGAGAACGAAACUCUUCUAAUGUUCAAGAAUCCUUCAGUGCUUCAGGGUUUCGAGCAGUCAGUUUUACAUUACAUACUAGGGAUCUCCUGAGCACAGUAUUAGAUAUUCUCAACUCCUGCAGUUUAUCUACGGAGCAUAUUCAAAGUUUGAAUGUGAACUCUCAGCCCCACAAGGAAGCAAGAAGCACAGUGAACAGACCUAUCAAAUGGGAUAAGACUUAUUAUUCAUUUACUGGAUUCAAGGAUCCUGAGGAGGAACUAGAACAAGCCCAGAGAGUGGAAACAACUUUAAUAUCCUGGCUAGAUGAUAAUGAAGCAAGUGCAGUAAAAAAGCUGAAAAAGAGUUUGCCGCUUAGAAAAGAAUUAGAACGUUUAAAAUUUGAACUCUCUCAUCAACUCCAGCUCUCGGAUAUCAGGUGGCAGAGAAGCUGGGGUAUUGCUCACCGCUGUAGCCAACUACACAGUCUAGGUCGCUUAGUCCAACAGAGACCUGAAGUAUUAAAGAAUGUUAAAGGACGCACAGUGGUAUUUACAGACCGUUCAGGUAUGAGUGCAGCAGGUCACAUAAUGCUCGGGACCAUGGAUGUUCACCAUCACUGGACCAAAGAAGUGUUUGUUUGUGUAUGUGCACAGAUUUUUGAGAGAUUGCCAAAUUAUUAUAAACUUCAAAAAAGGCUGCUGUUCUUGGAAGAUCGGAUAAGCCAACUUCUGGGAGGCAUACAAGUAAUAUAUAUUGAAGAACUGCAACCCCUGUUGACUCUAGAAGAGUACUAUGAGACUCUGGACUCUUUCUAUAAUAAAUUACGUGACAGUAGACUACUUUUUCAUCCUCGUAGUCUGCGAGGCUUGCAGAUGAUUCUGGAAAGUGACAGAUAUGCACCAAGCUUACAUGAAUUUGGACACUUUACGAUCCCAACGGUCUGUGAUCCAGCAACCCUUCAAUGGUUUAUUUUUGCCAAAGCGCAGGAAGCAAGAGAGAAUCUGAAAAGAAAGGAGGAGAUGAUGAUUUCGGAAAAAGAGCUAAUCGAUACUUCCACUGAAAAAUUUUCUUUGGAUCGGCUGUAUAAGGAACCAAGUGUUUCCAGUGCACAGAUGAUAGAUUGUUGUAAGCGACUGCUAGAAGAAUCGUUGCCAUACCUACAAGGCAUGCACCUUUGCAUUUCGCAUUUCUACUCUGUGCUGCAGGAUGGAGACCUCUGUAUACCUUGGAACUGGAAAAACUGAGGACAUAUCUGAUAAUCAGAUGAAUUGUUUAUUUUCUGUCUUCAGGCAGGAAGCAGCUGUCCAGUUUGACUGUAGAGGAGAUUUUAAAAAAAAAAAAAAAAAGUCUGAGGGGAAGGUGAGUAGACUCAAGCAAGAGCCUGAUGUGAUUGUGAGGACUGACGCUAAUGUCACAGAAAGAAGCGACUAGACCUGGGGACCUUCUCUUUGUGACGUAGAGAAGACGGCUAGAACUGGCUGGAGGAGGAGACGUAAGCUGGAAAGAGCCUUUAUGAAAUGGAGCAUGGGCUGUUUCCGCAAGUAAAGUGGGGCAGUGGAGACCCUGACCUGGAAUGGGGAUCGGAGUAGGCAAGGGCAGGCAAGAGGGAACGGGACUGAGUUUAAAUGUGGAAGCAGUGAAAAUAGUUGCUGUUAAAACAUUUCCAGUCUGGGAUAGAUCUGGAGAUUCUCACCGUUCCUUCUAAGGGGAAGUAGCCAAAAUCCUCUGGCAAAGUGUGUCAGCCCUCAAAGGGUGGCGUGGCAGCCUGCUUUUCUGACGGUUACCUCCAGGCUGGGGUGUUGGGUCUGCACAAUAAGCCAAAGAGUUCCAGUCUUGCUGCUAUCCCACCAGAAAGGUGGUCGGCUCAGGUGCUGUGGGGGUGGUCCUCCCCUUUUCUGUUAGGUUUUGGGUUUUGUUUUCCCGAGUUCUGAAGGAGAUGCAUGUCAAAAUCUCUAAAACUGCUCCAAAGUUGAGCAAUAUAAAAAUUAAGGUUGCGUAUAGGUCAAUAAUUCAGCAUGGUAAGGUCUGGGUUUUGACAGAGUUAUUUUGUGGUGCACCUCCUGUAAAUCGGUUUUACUGCAGAAUGGUCGAGCUAACUUUAGAAACAUAUGGGCCUCCCAACAUUUUUUAACAUCUUUAGAAAAGCAGUGGAAAGAACAAAAGGAUAAACUUAAUGUGCAUGUUAUAGGUAUAUAUUUUGACAAGUUUGACUUAUUUUGAAGACUGUCCCAAAAGUAACAGAUAUGUCCACUUAGGUAGAUGUGUAUGGGUUAAAUCUGUCAGAUUACAUUUUGCUUUCCAACAUUUUAAUGAGGUGGGGGAAAAAACAGUUUUAGAACUCUGAAAGCCUUUUGUUGCAAUGGCAGGGUGGAAAUGGACAAUGAUUUGAAACUUUUGUCUGUCUUUAAACUGCGCAGGACACCUCAAAUUCUGUUCCACAGACUGUGCUAUCAGCUCAUUGUGGAAAUAGAUUUGAAUGAAUAUUAACAUCUACUGUAGUUUUAUUCAGUACAAAAUUCCUGCUUGCUCUGUGGCCAACAACCAAAAACAUGCUUGGUAUGAAGUUUCAAAAAGUGUUCUUUUUGAAAACAAAUCCUAAUAUUUAAUUAGGUGGAGUUGAUGUCUUGCUGUUUUAAUCAUUAUUGUUUGGCUUAGAUUUGAGUUUUUCUCCUGUUUAGAAAUUUGCAACAAACAUUUGAAAGAUAAGUAAGAAUCUCUACCAGCGAUCAAAGACUUGAAACGCGUGCUGGUCAUCCGUCAUGAGUCAAUAAACCGCGAUGCCCAGAUCGUGUCAUUCAGCCUCUGAGAAUGGUUUGGUAUUUUAGCACAGCUGCCAGAAGGAAAUUCAAUGCUAGAUUCAAUGCUAGAAUAAGAGAGAUGGGGACUUAAGACAAAAUUUAUCACCUUAACGAGUUAUUUUGAUGCUGUUUAAUACUGUGACCUUGAGAUGCACGCAUUGGCAAACAGCAGUUUCCAUUUUGUCAGGUGUUGGCAUAACGUUUUACAGUAUCGGUUCUGUAUGAACUCCAGUGUUACAGGCUCCUGCCUGCGUUUUAACAGCUUGAUACGUGAUUUUUAUUCUUAGAGCUGUGUAUGAAAAGUGUAUGAAAUAGUGGAAAUAAUGCCCAUUUUGUCAUUGUUCUUUUGGCUCUUAACUGCUGUGAUACAGCCUCGGGGACUAACAGGCUUGUAUUUGUGCUUUGUAAGGCAUUCAAAAUGUUGAUGAUGAAUCUUGAGAAAGACUUAAAAAGGGAAAAUAUUCCAGAAGAUUAGAGCUGAGGUAUCAAAGCGUAUCCAAAAUUCAUGAGAACUUUUCAUGGAGAACAUAAAUCUCAUUUAGUUUGUCUACGUUACAGCUAAAAAAAACUUUCUGAGGAAACUGAGAUUUUAAAGCUUAUUAAUUUAAAGUUGUCUUUCUGAGAAUAUAUAUAGUAUUUGUCUGAACAGGGUUAUCUCUGUGAUCCC